CAUAAACAAGGUCCCCGGCCGGUAAUCGGUCACGGCCGGGUCAGAAGCUUCCAAAAACCGCCCCGUGUCUGAUAGCUACUUCUCCCCCUCCGGGCUACCGCGGAGCCUUUCCCCAUCUCCCGCGGGGAACGAUGGGGCCCACGGAAGCUUUUCGGGAGGUGAAGAAGCCGCAGCCAUUCUUCGGGGUCUACCUCCUCUACUGUCUCAACCCCAAAUACAGGGGCCGCGUCUACGUGGGCUUCACCGUAAACCCUUCUCGGCGAGUGCAGCAGCAUAACGCCGGCCGCAAGAAGGGCGGGGCGUGGAGGACCAGCGGCCGGGGACCAUGGGAAAUGGUCCUCAUCGUCCAUGGCUUUCCUUCUGAUGUGGCUGCCCUUCGGUUUGAGUGGGCCUGGCAGCACCCCGGGGCCUCCCGACGUCUGACUCACGUAAGUGGCAAAAGCAGAAAGGAGGGGGCCUUUCUGUUCCACCUUCGGGUCCUGGCCCAGAUGCUGCAGGUGGCCCCCUGGAAUCGGUUGGCCCUCACCUUGCGCUGGCUGCGGCAGGACUUCCAGCAGGAACUCAGCCCUCCGCCUCCCCAGCACAUGCCUCUUGCUUUCGGGCCUUGGCAGCCAAGCCCGGCUCAGAGGGAAAGGAGAGGAGCGGGCGGGGAAGCAGCCGAGGUGGUCUGCAGUCUCUGCCAGCAGCUCAUUCAGGAUAAGGGUGGACCCCUUUGCUGUCCUCACCCCAGCUGUCUAUCGAAUGCUCAUGUAAUUUGCCUUGCUGAAGAAUUCCUUCGAGAGGAACCUCAACAGCUUCUGCCCCUUAAAGGCCGCUGUCCAGGCUGUAAGAACACUUUGCUGUGGGGAGACCUGAUCCGGCUACACCAGGCAUGCCCUAGUGAUCUGGUGGAGGCAGAAUCUGAUCUUGAAGAGACACACUGGACAGAUGAAUUGAAGACUUAAGGGAUCAUCUUUUUCUGUCUUAAAGGACUUAAGCUUCCCAGAAAUGUAAUUUUAUUUUCUACCUCCAGAAGGCUUUGGGUAAUUUUUAAUCGUUUUUAAUAGAUAGCUGGAAAGGCUAGAUUUGGAAUUUAAAAGGACUGGAUCCGAAUUUUAGCUCCAGAAAUGACCAACUAUAUCAUACCAGUGCAAUGGGGUUGUUAAUGUAAAUUCUUACAAUAAAAAGACCGAGUUAAAUGCUAGGUUACUUUAGGGGGGGAAAGAAAAAACUUGGGAUGGGGUCACAGAAAGAACAAAUGUGUUUUUUGACACAUGCCAUUUAGCUUGAAGAUGAAAACAAUAGUAGAAGGGGAAGGAAGCUGACAGAGGCUUUCCCUGCCUAUAAGUGGGAAAUUAUCCUAGUAGAACAAAUCAAGCUGCUACAGACACCUGAUAUUAGGUCUCAAUGCUCUUAGAAUCCUAUAUUCCUGACCUCAACUUUGAUAUAAUUCCCUUAGUGCCAUUCACCAAAGGGAGAAUCCACAGCUACUUGUGAGAAUUAGGGAGAGAAGAAUCAAAAAGAUAGAAUUUGGAGAGAAGUGAGGAGAGGGGAAGGAUAGAACUGGUGUGUUAAAGUAAGAUCUGGCUCCAAACUCUAUGUUGUCUUCCCCAAUUACGGAAUGGAAGUUUCUUGAGAGCAGGGAUUGUCUCAGUUUUCUAUUUGUAGUCCCAGCACAGUAACAGAGUUUAGCACACAAUAAGCACUUAAAGUAAGUGCUUUUUUAUUAAUUGAUGUACUUUUAAUAGUGUUGUCAGAUUCCUGAUGGAUGUUAAUCUUCAGGAUUUGGGAAUGAGAAACUGUGAUUCACAAAAUCAUGUUAUUCUUAUUUUAAGAAUUUUAUUUACAUGUUUUUAAAUAAUGAGUGACCAUAAUAAUAAACAAUCAUUUUCUGUGUUACACAA